UCAAGUGUAGUUAGGCUCAUUUACCUAAUGGUGACAACCCUGCAGUCAGCUGUUUGGUUAUGUGAACUACGUUUUUUCACAACCACUGUUGUUUAGUUUUCGAUAAAUAAUGCUGAAAAUAACAAAGAUCUGCUUGGCCAGCUCCGCCACAAUUACAGCUCAGCGAAGCAUUGCUCUUACUGCCACCCGUGCCAUUGAUCAGAAGUGGCGUGCAGCCAAGGGAUUGCCGGAAAACCCAAAUGCCUUUGGCCCGCUCACCAACCUGCCCGACUACACGUACUUAGAUGGUAGGCCCACGCCGCUGGGUGCCAACCAGAAGAGGCGCCUGCUUAAGCAGCAAGAAAUCGCCUCCAGGAUCGUGGAGCUAAGUGGGGAGCUGGAGUUCGCCAAGCAGCGACAUCAACGCCUUAAGGAGACUGCCGAGUCCGAGAAACAGCGCCUCAUCCGCAGCAAACUGAAGCCCAAGGGUCACUUGCUGCUCAAGAAAUAGUGUCCUAGUCUUAGCCAGUAUAAGAUAUCAUAAGUCACGUAGUGAAUGGAGACGAAAUUAUACGAUGGUCUUGUGAUGUGAA